AUGGCGACCACGCCCUACUUCCUCUGGCCCGCGCAGUCCUCCUCCGCCGCCGCGUCCGAUCUCAUGGCCGGCUUCGGCUUCAGCAGCGCCCAGGAGGACACGCCCGCGCUGGCCGCGAACGCGGCGAUGGACAUGGCGCCGCUGCACGCGCCGGAGCUCUCGGAGGCGGUGGCGCGCCCGCGGCUGCGUCGCCAGGCGUCCUCGUCCGGAUCCGGUAGGCAGCAGGGCGCCACCGCCGGCGGGACGCCCAAGAAGCCCCCGCAGCGCGGCCUGGGCGUGGCCGAGCUGGAGCGGCUGCGCUGCGGCGGCGUCGACCCGCUGCAGGACCUCAACGUGGCGGCCGCGGCCGCCAUGCUCGAGGCCGUCGCCGCCAACGCCAGCGCCCAGGGCAACCCCGCCGUCCUCCUGAACCACCACAACCAGGACCACCUCCCGGCCUUCGACGCCGCCACCGGCGCGCGCUACUACUCGCCCCUCCUCGUCCACCCGCCCCCGGCCCCUGCGCCCCCCGCCCGCUACGUCCACGGCAUGGCGCCCGAGCAGCAGUACUUCGUGGACCGCUGGGGCUGCGUCGCCAGCUUCCUUCCCGCGGGCAAUGCCGGCGCCGUCGGACACCACGUCCAGCAGCUCCAGGCGCAGCUCCAGGCGCAAGCGCACGCGCCGGCGCCAGAGCAACCUUCAAGCCAAAACACCAUCUGGCGUCCGGCGCCCUCCUCCGCCUCCUCCUGCCUCCACGCCGGCCACCGCUGCGAUCUCUGCUCCAAGACUGUGAGGGCCAUGCCAGAGAGGGCUCCACGGGCUCCUGCUCCCGCCCCCGCCGCCGCCACCACCAUGCAAGACUACUCCAUCUACGACCUCGCCGCCGCCAUGACCGCCGCUAGCAAGGAGACGGCCGCGGACGGGUACUUGGCGCGGGAGGCGAAGAAGGAGGUGCGGGAGAUCGAGUUCUUCCCGACCAGCGCCGCCAGCCACGCCGCCGAGUCCGAGUUCGCGACGGCGAUGCGCUGGACGACGCCCUUCCCCUCCGCCACGCCCAGCGUCGGGGGCUACGCCGCGCCCCUGGACCUGUCGCUCAGGCUGUAG